CAGAGAGCCGGGAGCGCUCCUCUUGCCAGGGUAUAAAAAGGCUUUGCAGGGCAGAGAGGCCAGCAAGCACCAGCUGACCGCACUGCACUGCAGCUCUGCAAGCAGCUCUCAGACUCUCCUGAACCCUCAUCAUGUCUCAGACCGCUAAGUCCGCCACCAGCCAGGGCACCGAUGCCAAGGACAAAGGCACCCCUGCACCUGCACCCACCAGCAAGGCCACCAAGACGGGGGAACCCAGCAUGGGCUCCUACAGAAUGAUCGUGUACGAGCAGGAGAACUUCCAGGGCCGCUACAUGGAGUUCCAGAACGAGUGUGUGAACCUGUGCGACCGCGGCUUCGACAGGGUGCGCAGUGUGCGCAUCGAGUGUGGCCCCUGGGUUGCCUAUGAGCAGAACAAUUUCCGUGGGGAGAUGUUCAUCCUGGAGAAGGGAGAGUAUCCUCGCUGGGACACCUGGUCCAACAGCUAUCGCAGCGACUGCUUCAUGUCCUUCAGGCCCGUCCGCAUGGACAACCAGGAGCACAAGAUCUGUCUGUUCGAGUGCGCUGACUUCAAGGGCAACAAGAUGGAGAUCCAGGAGGACGAUGUGCCCAGUCUGUGGGCGUACGGCUUCUGUGACCGUGUGGGCAGCGUGAGGGUGCCUGGGGGAGCCUGGGUGGGGUACCAGUAUCCUGGGUACAGGGGCUACCAGUACCUGUUUGAGUGUGGAGAUUACAGGCACUGGAACGAGUGGUGUGCCUUCCAGCCACAGAUCCAGUCCAUGCGCCGGAUUCGCGACAUGCAGUGGCACCAGCAGGGCUGCUUCAACUUCACCAUGGCCAGCAAGUGAGCGCCCCCCACAGGCCGCAGCCUGCAUCGCGCCGUGACCCACGGCCAUUUUUAUCCCAUUCUGAGACCCCAUUUUAAAAUAAUAUUUAAUCUUUUUUAAAAAAGAAAGCCUUGAAACUUGACCCGGAACCCCUUCCCUCCCUUCCAUCAACGAGAACCAUAAUGGAGCGUGUCCACUGGGACGUGACUGACUUUGUGAAGCCAAAUAAACAUUUUGGAAGACAGA